AAACGGAAUGGAACGAUCUUGGUUUUACGGGAAUGUAUGAGGUCUAAAGAAUUUCUGAAUUAAUAUUUGAAGCAAAAUUUAUCUUAAUAAGUCCUAUUUUCUUAGGCAUCGCAGGCUUGUAUUAUAAAGAGCAAGGCAUACAUAUCUUCUUAUAUUUUAUUCAGUAUAAAUUUAUUAUAUUACGUUACGUCGAUCUUUCUUCGAUGGACUUUAGAAUCGAUAACUUAUUUCAAUAUUUAUUAUUGAAAAUGAUAUCUUGAAACAUUGUUUUUGUGUUGUGGUUCUGGUUGGAGUUCUGCGAGUGAUAUAAUCAUGUUGUUCACGCCGAUUUACAUAGCUAUGACUUUCAUAAAAACUUGGCGUAUCAGGUCGUUCAGGGCCCGCCUGUUGGAAUUUCUAAGCGGGAAUACCAGUGUUGCAUUUUGCAAAGUACCGGAAAAUGCAGUAGAAACACCAACAUUAAGUUCGAAGUUGUGUACCAAUCCAAAAAAUGCCUACCUGUGUGAUUUGCUAGAUUAUACAAAUACAACAAGGAUUUGCAGUAUGAAACCUACACAGUGCAUAGAGAUUAAUGACUGGGUUUCAUGUAAUGGAGGCCUGCCAUUGGGUUCCGGGGAACAGUGUCCUAUCACAGAUAUGGAUGUUGAAGUUCUGUUUGAAUGUGAAAUGGAACCACAUGAAGCCAGCUCACAUCAUGAUAUAACUUAUCUUGAGAAUGUAGGCCAACCAGUGGCUUGGAAGGCGGGUUCACAUUUAGCAAUUGUUUUGAAGACUAAUAUAGAAAAUCUUAGUGCCAUUGGUUUUAAUUUUGUUGGCGGAGAAUUUGUCAUAGACCACAAAUUACCAGUUGUUAGAGUUCAAACUGUCCAAUUAUCUGGUGAACCAAACAAAGCUACUGACCCCUCAAUGAGAAGUCUGCGAAGUGAUAUACAACAUAGUCUGAAAUGCCCACACAAUGAAUUCCAGUGGCAAGUGCAUGCUGCUCUACUUAGAAAGCUGUCCAAAGUUGUAGAUAUCAAAUCAGAAAUAAGGAAUGGUAUAGAAAUGAAUGGAAGUCAUGAUCUCACAUUAGAUGUGCCUAGUAAGAGAAUUACCUUAGCAGAUGUUAGUGUCAAUACAACCAAGUCUCUAACAGCCUCAGCUGAAGAAGAUGAUAAAUCUGCAGAAGAUCAAAAAUCUCCAGAAAAGGCACAACCAUUUGACAUAAACAUUCAAGACACGCCAGAGCAGAUAAUUGAAAGAGUUGAGAAAAAAUUAGAAAGAACUCCAGAAAAGAAAAAAGAAUCUAACGAAAAUGAUUUGGUUGUUGAGAAUGUGACUGUGGAAAUACAACAUAAUAUUACACCCAAAAAAUCAAGUUUAAAGUUAGAUUUGAAGAAAGGCACUAGUCAACUGUCCACUUCGUUACUCAAUAUAUCCAGUCAAAUUAAAUCUGUCACAACUCACAAAAGAAUAGUGAGCAGAACAGACCCAAAAAAGUCCCAACCAAUUGUAGAGACGUUUCCACAGAUCAAAGAAGAUACUCAAAAUGCCUCUUCGUCUCAACAAAGUACGCCGAAAUCGGCGAAAUGUUCCCGUCCAUUAGUUAAUACUAAGUCGCCGAAUGUGGUGAUAUAUUCAGAUAGUAUAGUGGCUAGAGAUAAUCUCGAGGCGUCGUUAAGAAAAGUCUUGGAUUGCGAGAGGUACACGUUAUACAGCGUGUCUCGUUCCGCCCUGGAGGCGGGCGCGUGGCGCGGGCGCGCGGCGCUGGUGGCGGUGGCGGGCUGCGUGGGCCGCGCUGCGCCGCUCCUACUGGCGCAUCUGCUGGACGGCGGCCGCUUACUGGCUCUCUGCUCCGACUUGCUGCAUACCGUGCUGCCGUAUUAUAAGACUGCUGAAGUUCGAGAAAAUGAAGUAGUACAAUUUUCCUAUGACAAAUGGCAGUCAGUCAAAAUGAAGCAUCACAUAUUUUGCUACCAAGCGUCGCCCGCUAAAAAACAAUUCUCCACUGAGAGUGAUAGACAGCCGUCCAAAUAUACUGGUCACCCGGGCCACGAGCUAGACAUCCAGGUCCUGGCUUCGGAGGAAACCUGGCGAACACCGUCCUUGCUGCUGGCCACCGAUCUCACCAAUAGUGGGCAAGCUAUCUUUUCACAGAUUCACUUAGAAGCGGACCCAUGCGACUACCUCGGCGAGGAAGCCGUGAAAAGCAACGAGGCCAGGAUAGGGAUCCUGCACAAGAUCAUGGGAGACAUCUUGGGGCUCCACGUGCGGGACCCCCAUCAGAUAGUGGAGGUGGAAUUCACCCGGGGGUUCUUUCUCGGGAACCACGUGGACAAAUUAGCACUUAUAGAGCGGUUGUGCCCGUCAUCGGAGGCCGGCAAGCGGGUGCAGAAUCUUGGGGAGUUGACCAUACAGUGGUGCCUCAGAGACGAAGCCGCGAUAGAACCUCCUUCGCAGACCUUCAUGCCGGUCCACGUGUACGAGUGCCCGGAACACUUCUCUACUGUUGAAUAUUAUGAUAAUUUGACAUCGCGGCAAGUCGGCCGCCUAAUAAUCUACGCGGACGUAGCCACCACCACGAUGUGUAUGGUGGAGCGUCCGCUGUGUCACGGCGUCGGGGCCGUGGCGCGGCGGAUGCGGGCCGGCCGCGGGCGGGCGCGCAACGCCUGGCUCGCGCCGCCCGGGGUCGCCGCCAUCUCGCUGCAGUUGUGGAUGAAGAUGUCUCCGAUAAUUCCGCUGGUACAGCAUGCGGCCGCGCUGGCGGCUGUGAGAGCCAUACGGUCGCAACCCGCCUAUGAACAUCUCGAUAUUAGGUUGAAAUGGCCUAAUGACAUCUACUACGGGCGCGAGGUGAAGAUUGGAGGGAACCUCACUCUGGCGAAUUGUAUGGGGGAUGACAUUAUUAUCGUUACAGGCACAGGCAUGAACAUCACGAACAGCGUGCCCACAACUUGCAUCAACGACAUAAUCUCCGACCACAACCGCCGCCACGGCACCAACCUCGCGCCCAUUUCCAUCGAGAUCUUCCUGGCGCGGUACUGCUCACAGCUCGAGAGGAUUCUAGAUUACCUGGACUCGGAGAACGGUGUUCAGGCAUUGCUGGAGCAGUACUACCAGUAUUGGAUGCACACCGGCGAGCCAAUCCGCGUCCUGCAAGCGGGGUCAUCGACCCCCGUGUCGGGCCACGUGGCGGGCGUGGACGCGGCGGGCUGGCUGCUCGUGGCCACGCCCGCCGGCGAGCUCCGGGUCGCGCCGGACGGCAACACCUUCGACAUCAUGACGGGGCUCAUCGCGCCUAAACUCUAGACAGGUAACUACAUACACGGUAGUCUCAUCAGCUUUUGGAGGGAGGGGGUAGGUUUCAGGUAAACGGUAGUCUGUCUGAUAGGGCUGGGAGCUCGAUUUUUUUCGACAUGUUAUUUUAUAUAGCUUAGGUCGCCCUGACGGCAAAUUUCGAAACUAAAACGAUUCUCACCGCGUGUAAUCUAGAGCAGGUAGAGUAGGGUUCAAUCACCGGUGUGGGAGAGGGGCUUGGUUUGACAUAACAUUUUUAAAAUGGGGUUAGGCUGCUCGUGGUCACGCCCACCAGAGCAAGUCGCCCCGGAGGGCAACACCAUCAAUAUAACUGCUGAACUCAUUGCGAUAGUAAGAUAGGGGGCAAAAUCGUUUCUAAAUUUAAAAAAAUUAAGUUCCAAUUGUCAGGCUCAACGUUAAGAUCUGUAAAUUGACAUUAUAGAUAAGAGUUUUGGCUGAUAGUAUCAGGACUAUGAGAAUAAGGCUUAUUAUAUAAUUUAUUUACAUAUGUAUGUUAUAAUUUUUUGAGGUUCUUAGUACACAGUUUUGUAUUAUGGAAAUAAAAUUUUCUUUAAUAUUGAGUGAUAGUUGUCAGUAGUGUAUCUAUAUUAUUGUCGAGCUGAAUAGAAAUCUUAAAUUACUACUCGAAUGAGAAUUUAAUUGUGAUAGUUGUUUAGAUAGAGUAGAUCAGAAAUAAAUAUACAUUAUUUUGUUUUCCUAGACUAUACUGCCACUAUCUAAAUUAGUAUAAUCCAAUAUAAAAUAAUACAUAUAACGUGUAGAAAAAAAACACUUUAUUAUAAAUAUAAGCAUAAAAAUAGUGUUGCGUAAAUCACACUGGAAAAAAUGAAAGCUAGGCUCCAUUUCUUACAAUGCUUUCUCGCGUACGUACGCGUAUGUUCGAUGGUUUAAAAUAAUGAAUAAGGUCAGAGAAGAGAGUCAGUCAUAUAUAGAUGGAGCCUAACUUCUUCGUUCUGUAGAAAAAGAAGUGAAUUAUUUCAUAGACUAUAUCAGAUAGGUACGUCAGCGAAAACACUGCCAGUGUCUUUAUAUAUUAUUGUAAAAUCAGGGUACACUCUGAUAUAUGUGUGGGUGGAAUCCGUUCAUAGUUUAAAGUGAACGCAAGCUUGAUGGAAUGCCUUAGUUAUUUAUUAUUCAUGAUCGAUAGCGAAACUCUUCAGAAACAUCUUCAAAAAAUGUGUGGACGUGGAUAUAGAAAUUGUAGUAGUAUAUCCAAAGCAAUAUUAUAUGUCUGGGAAAGACGUCCAACUGGAAUUGUAUUUUAUGAUCAAUUGAUGAUUGAUACUAAAUGAUUAAGUACGGCAAUGGUUUGAAAAAUUGCAAAUAAUUGUAGUCAAUUAAAUUGCACAUUGGAUGCUAUGUGUAAAAUUGUACUUAAAUUGUGUUGGAAUCUCUUAAAUACCUUUGUGGUAUUCAUUCAUAAACAAAUUAAUUUGAUACAUAACCGAAAGGAAAAUGCUGAUUUUAAUUGGUUAAUACACUGACGAGUGCAUGUGUACCUAACGGCAUACAAGUAAAUUUUACGCUAUAAGCAAUAUUUUGUAUAAUCGUUGCAAACACCUCGAAUACGAGCUAAAACGACCGAUAAAGCUGGGCAUUCAACGCAAAUUGUAGUUGAUACAAAUUUAUUUGUUCUACCUCAGUGAUUCUGCUUGCCAAUCCACAAUAUAGUGAACAAAUAUAUUUUAUACUAGUGUUACACUGUUAAACAAUUUCAUUUUUACAAUCAAGUAGAUGCUUUAAAUAUAGAACUACUAGUCAUUAAUUGUUAUAGAAAAUAGCAAUAUAUACAGCGUUGAAAAAAAUAUGAAAGUUAUAACGUGUGUAAUGCUUAGUUUCUCUUUUUAUAUUUGGUUUGUGUGUCGAAAACGUGCCUAAAGUGUGUAUGCGGUUGCGCAUCCUACAGUAUAGUUAUAUAUACUCAUAUUCAUAGGUUGUACUGUAAAGUAGCAUCAUGGCUACUUCCGCCAUAUUUUUUCAAUUUAUUGACAUAUACUUAAAGUUUUCGAUUUAUAUUUUAUGGAAUUAACUUAGAGUGCCAUUAAGUGAUAUUUUUUAGUAUACUGGUUUAAGGGAAAAAUAAAUUUUAAAAGCUUCUUUAAAAUUAUAUUAUUAGAAAAAAAAACACCAAAAUAUAUAAGAUACAGCUUAAAAAUAUUUUGUUGUGACUUGCUCAUUAAAGUGGGCUUUUAAAUAUCACAGAAUUAAGCAAUUUAAAAUAUUUUAAGCAUUAGUGUCGUCACAAUUGUUGUAAUUAAAAUUAAUCUAUUAAACAAAAAUCUAGUCAUCUUUCGCUGUUGUGUCGUGAUGUUACGUUAAAUCGGUGAUGGAGUCUAAGAUGUUAUACAAUUUCUUGUUACAUUAUUCUCGUU